ACCACUCAGCCUCGCGUUACCGGGAACGCAACGCGACCUGCACACAACAAUCAGCCUUCCGUCCCCAUUGUUAACUCCACCUGCCCGACAAAACAAUCGUCAACACAAACAUCAAUAAAGAUAGUGUCAAUCGAUCGAGACAAUCACAACCUGCGGGUUCAUGCGCAGAGAUGGCGCCGCCAAGAUCGGUGGAGGCACCAGAAAUGGCCCCGGUGCACACAGUCGAUCGAACUCCUCAAUAUGAAGAGUUCAUGGCAAGGCUCAGAGAAUUCCAUGAGAAGCGUGGCACAAAUCUUGACCCCUUGCCAAAAUUGGGCCUCAAUCAUGUUGACCUCUUCAAGCUCUUCAACUACAUUGUUGAGCGUGGCGGCUACGACAAAGUUUCGGACGAGAAACUCGCCUGGCGAAGGAUGUGCGAGGGAUUGGGCCUGAUGACGACCAAUCCCCCGGCAGCUGCCUUUGGCCUCAAAUCCAUAUUCUACAAGAACCUUGCAGCAUUUGAAAUCAGGACUGUCCACAACAAAGAACCCCCGCCUCCGGAGAUCCUCGAACAUAUCACUGCUCGAGGUAGUGGCCUCCUUACGCGGACAUUGGAGACCUACAAGACGAACCGCCGAGACACAGCCCAUGAGCGCUCGGAUGGAGAUGAUGGUACACCUGUCAGGGAUCGGCGACCCGAGGAUAUUCCAGGCUCUGCUCGAGCCUCAAGAGGGCUCCGAGAGGCGCCUCCCCAGAGGGUCAUCUUCCAACCCGAUACUGCCCCUCCGAGACAGUCCCGGCAAGCUUCUGGCCAGCAUACCACCCCGGCUGCCCACACUUCCCACCCUUCACCUCAUACCCAACCCCAUUCCCAUUCCCACAACCUCAUCCAGCCUCCAAACAUGCAGGCUCUCCGUCUCCAAUCCCAGCGCGACAGUCCAACAGCUGCAUGGAGACCCGCCAAUCCCGAGCAGCAGCUGGGGGUUGUUCAUAGCUACCAACCCCAAGACCCCACUGGGACACCCGUGCGCGUCGUACCAACACCGAUGAAUGCCCCCGAGGAGUUUUCUCGCUCGCGGCGACUAGCUAGCAUGCAGGCUGUGGGGAGCAUGCAGGUUCGGCCCCCUGGAAGUAAGUUGAAUGCACAGAUGCUCCUCAAAGGACCGAACAUCUAUCUGCGCUGCGUAACAGCUCUUCGAAGCGGAAUCCGGUCGGAACAAACUUUCGGUCUCCACCAUCUGGUCAAAAUAUCCUUUGAGCGCGGGGAAAAGUUCCGUUUUGAGCAAUUCCCUGGUCUUGUUGACGGAUUGGCUGAGAAGGCUCUUGAAGUUGGAAACCUAUUCUACCAUGUGAACUGGACAAUAACCUUCGACCAUGACCAGGAGGGCGGUCCCAUUGGAGAGCUAGACGGGAGCGAAGGGACACCGGAUAUCCUCGAGAGGAUUGCGAAACUGACGCCCAAGGACGUCCAAGAUAGCAUUCGCCCGGCGGAAUUCUCGGACCAGCUGGUGCUGAUUACUGAGGCCAUGCUCACAAUCCGCAACAUGGCCAUGCUCUACGACAACGCCUCCUAUCUCUCGGAAUACCCUGUUCUCAAGGAUCUGCUCUGCAUCAUCCUACAUCUUCCGAAGAAGGAGGUGGUGGUGGAACUGAAGCAUUUCGCCCUCGACAUCGCCGAACAAGUCACACCAUGCCUCAUUUUGGAAUCGGAUGAUCCUCUCUACAAGACAUUGCUGGCCCAACUCGACUCAGAUGAUCGAGGCUGCAUCCUCACUGCUCUACGAGCCAUCGGCCGCGUCUCGAUGAACCUGGCCCAGACAAACAAGUUGGGUGGAGUGCCUGCUUCUGUCCUUGAAAACGUCAUGAACUGGCUCCUGCUCAACGAUGACGAGCUGCUGGAUGCCUGCCUUGAUUUCCUCUACCAGUACACAGCAGUUGUCACCAAUGUCGAUAGUCUCCUGAAGGCCGUCAAAGUGGAGCACCUGGUCACCCACCUAGUCCGACUUCUCUCGCAUGGUGCAAAGCGCGAGAGCAAGGAACUCGUCAUCGAGCCGGAGCAUAAAACUCCUGGAGGCGAGUUUAUCGUUGAGAUCCCCAGAGAUCUCUUUGAGCGGCUUCUUGCAGCAGAGGAACCGGAGCGGUGCUAUCAGUGGUUGCGGUGUUUGUUCGAGGAAGAUCCGGAAUCUCAAAUCACCCAGAUCGCCGUCUGGCAGGCAUAUACCAAUUCUUUCCUGGAGCCGCUCAAGAAGAGCGGACGGAGCCUGAUCAAUGCCGCCGAGUUCAUCCGCAACAUCAGCCAGGUGUACCAGAGCGCGGGGGCUCAGAUAGUGCGCGACCACGGCCCUAUGGGCGAGGUUAAUCGCUUUAUCAUCAAGGGAAUCCGACCACGCUCGCGACCGAUCAGCCCCGACGGCCGGGAAUACUUCCGUUGCCUGUGGGCACGCAAUGAACCCAAGCCCGGUGAACCAGUCAAGUGCGGCGUCUGGUUUGCCAGUGCCAAGCCGAUGUAUUAUCAUAUCAUCGAGCACCACCUUGGCAAGGAACUGCGCGACAGUGAAGACGGCAGCAACAAGGAGGUCAGCAACAAGGACGAUGGGGUCGCGCGCUCAUGCGUGUGGGGUGGUUGCAGGAAGUAUCCGCAGCCCAUUAAGCUUCCCUUCAUCACCUUCAUGGCCCAUGUGAAAACACAUCUAGUCAUAGAGGAGCGCAAGUACAACGCCCCACAGCACACCGACAUUUCGCAGACACCCGGUGGUUCGAUCAUCAGCAGCAACAAGCGUCCUAAACCGCCGUAUGUCCGUCCGGCAAGGAUCAUCAACCUGACCUACCAGGAGACUGUCACCGUCCGCGACGAGCGCAACCCGAACGCGCUCCCCCAGGCAGCCGGAAUCCCGCUGAGCGCAAUCCUCGUUCUCCGGAACAUUGCUCGCAACGUUGUCAAGACCGAGGCCGAGGAAGAGCUACUCAAGCUCCAAGAGAAUAAGGGUGAGGGUGAGAAUGGGGGCUGGAACGAACGACUCUUCCGGCCCAUGUUGCCACGCCUCUAUGAAAUCAUGGCGGAGAACAAGAGUCUUGCGCCGCAUAUUGCAAGCCUGUUGCAGCUGCUCGAGUUUUGA